AUUCAACUGCAUCGAAAAUGGGAAGAAGAUUAUCUAGAGCGACAUGCUAAAAGUUCUGGUUGCAAAGCUAAGGAGGGCCAAAGAUCAAUUUAUAAUUUUUUUAAACCUACUAAUAACCAACUUGCAAGUUCGGAUGAAGAAUGGGAUUCAGACAUUUAUAAUAAUAUGGACGAUGAUGAUUUGUUACAAAUAGAUGAAACGGAUGAAGCAGAAGAAGUAAAUGAUGAUACAUUAGCAUUGACUAUUCUCACAAAUAAUGAAUCAUUAAGUGAUAGACAAAAGUCUAAAAAACGUUUAAUUUGCCAAGGUCUUCAAUCUGAACAAAUUUCUGAUUAUAUUAAACGUACUCCAGCACAAUUUGGCGGUUCACGCCGCAUAGAAGUUGUUGCACGUGAAAUUUUUCCAAAAUUAUUUUUUCAGAAAUUUAGUAGGAAAAAGCUAAACUAUGAUCAAAAGCAAAAAUUAAAUCGUGCUUUAUAUGCAGAGUCUACUUGGCAAAUAGAUCGAAAUAGUAAUGCUGUACGUGCUAAGACAUGUUCAGGAAUUGCAGAAAAAGGCGAUAUUUGUAAUGAAUGUCGUUAUAUUCGAUUCGAUAAAAAUCUCUAUAUUCCAAAAGUAAUUACAAAAAUUAAAACAUCAAACGGAAUUGCUAAAACUGUUCGUGCAUAUCUUUUACAG